AUGUCGGGCUGGGGCAGUUGGCUUACUGGCUCCUCGCAGCCAUCUAGUGGUACGCAGACGCCUGCUGGCGGCGAAGCGAUGAAGACCAAUUUUUUCCCUGUUACCGAUGCUUUUGAGCAGACUGCCUUGAAUGGCGAACUUCGGAAAGGCGACCUGAACUGGACAUGCCCAUCGGGUCUAUCGACGGAAACAUCGACUUGGUACGCUAUGCUGGAGGAUGGCUCGUUUUUCCUCAACCAAAUCAUUUAUUCGCCUGUUGGUCUUUUCCAGCCGCAAGUGCAGAUGACAUUCCGUUACUUCCACCCCAAGACCGGUGAGAACAUCUGGAAGUCAAAAAAUGUCGACCAGUUCCAAGUGUUGCCGAACGACAAACGCUCGUGCAAGUCUAGUGCUUUCACUGUCACGAUGAAGGACAACACCGAUGGCUCUCAGCAAUACGACAUCACUGCGACGCUGGACAGCGACGUUCAGCUCAUGUACACGAUGAAGCGUCCUGCUAGUGCCAACGGUUGGAAGCUUGGUUCCGGCGACAAGGGUGGCUUUAGCUACUUUGGGGAGAACCAAGAAGCUCCGAGUGGCUACGUGGUGCACCGUUUCUGGCCGUACACGGAGACGUCCGGCAUGAUUGUUUUGAACGGUCGUGCGCUCGAAACUACAGGUCAGGGAAUGUUUGUCCAGGCCAUUCAGGGUAUGCGUCCCAACCUCGUUGCUUCGCGCUGGAACUUUGCCAACUUCCAGUCGAAGGAAAACGAUGGUACUAGCGUUGUGCUGAUGGAGUUCACAACCAUUCCUGACUAUGGCAAGGUGGAAGGCGAUGGUCCGCGUACGCCACAGACAGUGACCGUGGGCUCGAUCGUGUCCAAGGGCCAGCUUCUCUCUGUGGUCGGCGCGACGCGUGCUGCUAAAGAGGAGACUGUGCCUUCGACGCAUAUCGAUCACGAGGACCUCACUCUGGAUGCUGAAACGGGCUACCGUGUGCCUCAAUUGAUUCAGUACACGGCGGAAGGUCCUGCGCUGGUAGGCGAAAAUGCGCCUUCCAAGGAUGUUACGGUGAAGGCGACUAUGAGCAUCAAACUCGGUGCACCCACGGCGACGGAGGGUCUCAUCGAAAAGGUGGAUGUGCUGGCCGAAAUCCCCUACAUGGUGCGCAAGCUUGUGAACUAUGUGGCGGGUACGAAGCCGUACAUCUACCAAACCAUCAACCCAUCCAAAGUCACUAUUGAAUGGCCUGCCUCUGUAUCCACUGCUAUUGGCGCAUCUGACAACCAAGUGACGCUCGAGGGCACUCUGUUUGAAGAGCACACUUUCAUUAGCGAGUAA